AUGUCACCAUCCGCAGAGGCAACUGGCGGAAACGCCAAUGGCGUCGCUAAGGAGGAGGGCCUCGGUCAGGCCUUCACCAAGCAAGUCAUUGACUCGUUCGGCCCCAAGACUGAUCCCCGAAUGAGAGAGGUCAUGUCCUCAUUCGUUCAACACAUGCACGACUUUGCGCGCGAGACGCAACUUACUUGCGAUGAGUGGAUGUCGGCUGUUCAGAUGAUUAACUGGGCCGGUCAAAUGAGUACCGAGAAGCGAAAUGAGGGACAAUUGAUGUGCGAUGUCAUCGGUCUUGAGAGUCUUGUCGACGACAUCACACACCGUCAAGCAGCUAAGAAUGGUUUCUCUGGAACCGAAACUGCCAUUCUGGGACCUUUCUGGCGCCACGAUACACCCACUCGUGAGAAUGGCACUACUAUUUCCUUCGAUACUCCCAGCGAUGGCAAGGUUGCCUACCUGUAUGGUACCGUGACAUCGGCAGCAACGGGCAAGCCUAUCCCCAACGCCUCUGUUGAGGUUUGGCAAGCAUCCACAAACGGGUUGUAUGAGCAGCAAGACGAUAAGCAGGUCGAGCAUAACCUGCGUGGCAAGUUUAUCACAGACGACCAGGGUCGAUACUCAUUCUACUGCUUACGGCCUACUCCUUAUCCCGUCCCCGAGGAUGGCCCUGCAGGCAAGCUCCUUCACCUCUUGGACCGCCACGUGUACCGUCCUGCUCACUUGCAUUUCAUGGUUAUUGCCAAGGACCACAAGUCUGUCGUAACUCAGAUUUUCGACUCUGACUCAAGCUAUCUUGACAACGAUAGUGUCUUUGCUGUCAAGGACGGUCUAACAGUGGACUUUAAGCCACGAAAGGGAGAUUCUCAAGCAGAGUGGGAGUUGGAGUACAACAUGAGCCUUGCGACGGAGUAG